UCAAAAUGAUGAUGAUUGUUGUGAUGACAUUUGCCAUCUGCUGGCUGCCCUAUCAUCUUUACUUCAUUCUCACUGCCAUCUAUCAGCAAUUAAAUAGGUGGAAAUACAUCCAGCAGAUCUACCUAGCUAGCUUUUGGCUGGCAAUGAGUUCAACCAUGUAUAACCCCAUCAUCUACUGCUGUCUGAAUAAGAGAUUUCGAGCUGGCUUCAAGAGAGCAUUUCGUUGGUGUCCCUUCAUCAAAGUUUCUAGCUAUGAUGAACUAGAACUCAAGACCACGAGGUUUCAUCCUACUCGGCAAAGCAGCCUGUACACCGUGACCAGGAUGGAGUCCAUGACUGUAGUAUUCGAUCCCAAUGAUUCAGACAACGCCAAGUCCAGUCGUAAGAAGAGAUCAAUGCCAAGAGAUCCAAGCUUCAAUUACUCCUCCUGCAGGAAUUCCAAAUUCGUUUCCACCACUUCAAGCUUCAUAAACUCACCCUAUACCUCUGUGGAUGAACAUUCUUAAAUUCAUAUCCUGAGAUGAAAGGAUGUAAGGCCAUCGUGGUGCCAG